CUUGUGAAGUGUAAAACGAUAAAAAUCUCAUUCCUCUCAGAACCAGAAGUUGCAUCUGAUCUCCUUUUCAUUAAAGAUAUCUCUGCAGAAAAUUUAGCAAAAUGCAAAACUUCAGCAUUCAAAACAAACGAAUAUACAGAAUGUCAUCAGAGGAUCUCAGCGUGCCAAGACCUACAUUUUACUCUUGGAGAAGUGCUGGGAACAGGGGUUCCUUUUCCAAGGAGAUCUUUGGAUCUAACACUGCACAAAUGGGGCAUGUUGGAAAUGCUACAAAUGAAAAGGUAACCAUGCAAAUCCUGAAUGAACGUCUUGCUUCCUACCUGGACAAAGUUAGGAGUUUGGAGAAGGCCAAUGGCGAGCUGGAGGUGAAAAUCCACCAGGUUCUGGAGAAAAGAGGUCCAGAUACUAAGGACUACAGUCACUACCAAGCCACACUAGAUAAAAUACGCAAAGAGAUCCUGGAAAUGGUUUUAAACAAUGCAAAUAUGGGUGUUCAAAUUGACAAUUCCAAGUUGGCUGCCGAAGACUACAGGGUCAAGUUUGAAAAUGAAUUUCAGCUAAGACAGUCUGUUGAAGCAGACAUAAAUGCACUAAGAAAGAUGCUGGAUGACACCAAUGUGGCACGACUGCAUCUGGAAAAUGAUGUUGAAGGGUUGAAAGUAGAGCUCAUCGAUUUAAAGAAACAACAUCAACUGGAAGUAUCAGAAUUAUAUAGUCAGAUCACCCACUCAGGAGUGCAGGUGGAUGUUGAUGCUCCUAAGGGACAAGACUUGACCAAGAUCAUGGAGGAGAUGAGAGCCAAUUAUGAAAAGAUCGCCCUCAAGAACCAGGAGGAGCUCAAAGCCUGGCACGAAUCAAAAAUCACUAUGGUGCAGGUUCAAGUGACCGAGAACACUGCAGCAUUAAAGGGAGCCAGAACACAAGUCAGUGUGAGCCGCAGGCAGAUGCAGUCUUUGGAAACAGAACUGCAGUCUCUGACUGGAAGUAGAGCAUCUUUGGAAGAAGCUCUUCAUGAAACAAAGUUGCGAUAUGGCAUGCAGGUGGAGCAAUACAAUGGCAUUAUUUUGAUGCGGGAGUCUGCGCUUAAGCAGCUGCGUGAAAGCAUUCAAAGUCAAACACUGGAUUAUCAGAUCCUGUUCAACAUCAAGAUGGAGCUGGAAGCUGAGAUAGCCACAUACAGGAGACUUCUGGAUGGAGAGGAUAAAACAUUUACUUUGUAAUUUUUGUAUCAUACAUGUUGGCCAUGGCUAUUUCUCCUUCAUGUUAAUAAGAUAUUUGAGAAAAUAUUAGAGACCAAUAUUAGAGACCACUAGUGGACG